CCGGGAACGCGGGAUCCUGGGGAGGUGAGCGGCAUGGCUGGCUGUGCCGGGAAGAGGCGGCGCCUGGCGCCAGGACGACCCGAGGCCGCGGGGCUCCGAGGGCCUCUGUGGGUGCGGGUGGGCACCCCCGCGUCUGUCACCGGCCCCCGCGCCAGGACUUGGACUCUCGCCCCUCACGGGCCGCUCUGGUGCCGCUGCCGAUGCCCGUGCCUCUGGCUCGCGCCGCCCGCCGUGAACGCGGGGCCAGGCGUUUGCUCCCGGGCCCACCCUGCCCGCGCCGUGUGGGCCUCGCGGAGUCGGGGCGCCGGGACCCCGAGCGCAGGGCAGAGGCAGCCGGGCCCGGUUUCUGAGUCAGUCCCCAGGACGGCCACUCCUCCUGCCUCGGGACACCCAGCGCUUUCCUCUUCAAAGCCGUUUUCCGUGGAGUCAGGAGAUGAUUUGUUGGCGGGAGAGAGAGGAACCGGCUGGGAAAGGCCUGAGGCGGAGGGAAGUCGUCCCGGGGCCGUCGUGGUGGGAGUCCCGGCCCGCCUCGCAGGGGCGUGAACGGGGCAGGUGCCCCGGCGCUGCCUCAGUUUCCUGAGCGGUGCAGUGGGUGCUGGCAGUGCCAGCUGGCGCCGAGGAACUCAGCGGCGUGGGGCGAGCCCUGACCCUGGUGGGCUCAGCGGGUCGCUGCUGCCACUGCGAGUCCAGCGUCCCCUUUGUAAACCCCAAGCCUGUGAGGCCUGGGCCUGGCCGGGCGGCCCAGCGCUGCUCUGGUCCGCGGGCUCCUGGCUCCUCCCGAAUCCCUGUGAGGGCGCGCGGGGUCCUUCUCAGCGGGAGUCGGGGUUUUAGAGCUGCGGAUUCCAGGGCUGGAAAGCAGAAGCGGUUCUUCCUGGCUCCCUUUUUCUUCUCAGAUCUGCCUUCUGGAGACUGCGCCGUCCUCCCGGGAGAGCCAGAAAGAGGACAUGGCUGCUGGGCAGCGGGAAGCGAGGCCCCAGGUGUCACUGACGUUCGAGGACGUGGCUGUGCUCUUUACCCGGGAUGAGUGGAGAAAGCUGGCUCCUUCUCAGAGAAACUUGUACCGGGAUGUGAUGCUGGAGAACUAUAGGAACCUGCUCUCACUGGGACUCUCGUUUACCAAACCGAAAGUCAUCUCCCUGUUGCAGCAAGGAGAAGAUCCCUGGGAGCUGGAGAAAGACAGUUCUGGCGUCUCCUCUCUAGGAUGUAAGAGCACACCUAAAAUGACAAAGUCAACUCAAACUCAGGAUUCAUUUCAGGAGCAGAUAAGGAAAAGAUUGAAAAGGGAUGAACCCUGGAACUUCAUAUCAGAAAGAUCCUGCAUAUAUGAAGAGAAAUUAAAGAAACAGCAGGACAAAAAUGAAAAUCUACAAAUAAUUUCAGUUGCCCAUACAAAAAUCCUUACUGUAGAUAGAAGCCAUAAAAAUGUUGAGUUUGGCCAAAACUUCUACCUGAAAUCAGUCUUCAUUAAGCAACAGAGAUUUGCUAAAGAAAAAACUCCAUCAAAAUGUGAAAUACAAAGAAAUAGUUUCAAGCAGAAUUCAAAUUUACUUAACCAAUCAAAAAUCAGAACAGCAGAGAAACGCUAUAAAUGCAGUACAUGUGAAAAAGCCUUCAUUCACAAUUCAUCCCUUCGUAAACAUCAGAAAAACCACACUGGAGAAAAAUUAUUUAAAUGUAAAGAAUGUUUAAAAGCUUUCAGCCAAAGUUCUGCUCUUAUUCAACAUCAAAGAACUCAUACAGGAGAGAAACCCUAUAUAUGUAAAGAAUGUGGGAAAGCCUUCAGCCAUAGUGCAUCCCUUUGUAAGCAUUUAAGAACCCAUACUGUGGAGAAAUGCUAUAGAUGUAAAGAAUGUGGUAAAUCCUUCAGUCGAAGGUCUGGGCUUUUUAUACAUCAAAAAAUCCAUGCUCAAGAAAAUCCCCAUAAAUACAAUCCAGGUAGGAAGGCAUCGAGUUACAGCACAUCCCUUUCUGGAAGUCAGAAAAUUCAUCUCAGAAAGAAGUCCUACUUAUGUAAUGAAUGUGGCAACACCUUUAAGUCUAGCUCAUCCCUUCGUUAUCAUCAGAGAAUUCACACUGGAGAGAAACCUUUUAAAUGUAGUGAAUGUGGGAGAGCCUUCAGCCAGAGUGCCUCUCUUAUUCAACAUGAAAGAAUUCACACCGGAGAAAAGCCCUAUAGAUGCAAUGAAUGUGGGAAAGGCUUUACUUCUAUUUCACGACUUAAUAGACACCGAAUAAUUCAUACUGGAGAGAAAUUGUAUAAUUGUAAUGAAUGUGGUAAAGCCUUAAGCUCCCACUCAACACUUAUUAUUCAUGAGCGAAUUCAUACUGGAGAGAAACCAUGUAAAUGUAAAGUAUGUGGAAAAGCCUUCAGACAGAGUUCAGCUCUCAUUCAACAUCAGAGAAUGCAUACUGGAGAAAGACCCUAUAAGUGUAACGAAUGUGACAAAACAUUCAGGUGUAACUCAUCGCUUAGUAAUCACCAGAGAAUUCAUACUGGAGAGAAACCAUAUCGAUGUUUAGAAUGUGGGAUGUCUUUUGGCCAAAGUGCAGCUCUUAUACAACAUCAGAGGAUUCAUACAGGAGAAAAACCCUUUAAAUGUAAUACAUGUGGAAAAACUUUUAGACAAAGCUCAUCACUUAUUGCACAUCAAAGAAUUCAUACUGGAGAGAAACCCUAUGAAUGUAAUGCAUGUGGGAAACUCUUUAGCCAGAGGUCAUCCCUUACUAAUCAUUAUAAAAUUCACAUUGAAGAGGACUCCUUAAAAGCCGAUUUGCAUGUGUGAAAGCCUUAAACCAAAACUCAUCAGAGAAUACAUGCUUGAGAGUGAUUUAUUAAAUAUAAUGAAUAUGAGAAAACUCUUAGUUCUCAUCAGAUACUAAGUUUUAAGAAUAAACUUUAGCUAUGUAAUAACUUAUGGGAAAAGCUUUUAUACUUGUCACUCACUUUUUAAAAUAUCCUGAGACAGUUCACUGUUGGAGACAUUGAAAUUGGCCAUUUGUAAGAUAAAAGGUAUGUUUAUAAAAUCUCUUUAUAUAAUAUAUGCUAUCUAUGACAUCCAAAAAAGAAAAGUCUGGGUGCUGAGGUGCUGAAUUUUUCAUUAGAAAAACAUUUGUAUAAGCUACUAUUAUAUAAAUAUAAGCAUAUUUAUUACAGCAAACAUUUUAAUAGCAAACAAAACAAUUGAUCUUAAAAAUAUAUGCAAUAUAUACUUACCUGGCAGGGGAGAUUACCAUGAUCAUGAAGGUGGUUUUCCCAGGGCAAGGCUUAUCCAUUGCACUCCAGAUGUGCUGACCCCUUCAAUUUCCCAAAAUGUGGAAAACUCGACUGCAUAAUUUAUGGUAGUGGGGGACUACAUUCGCGCUUUCUCCUGAAAUAUAUGUAUAUAUGCAGUAUUAGAGCAAAGGACCAAUAAGAGAUAAAAAACUAACUGAACUACCUCUUAGUGUCUGGAAUUUACCUUUUCCUGACUUACUGUCAAACUUCGUGCAUGGCUUUUAUUAAAAAAGAAAAAAUCUGUUCUCUUUGUUGUAGUCAUUCCCAAACAACAUCUAAUAGCCUCCCAUAUUUUCUAUACAUUUCCUAGUUUUGUUUUCAGAAUUUUUUCUUUAUUGUCUUGAAGUCAUAUUUAUUAUGAAACCAUACUUGCUAUGCUCUGAACAGUAAUGUUAGAUAGUUUAGGUUGAAGCAUUUUGUUUGUUUAGGCAGUCGCUUCAAGGAUAAAGCUAUUAAUAUUUUUUUAGUUGGCUGCAGAUGAAAUCCUAAUUGUUUAAAGAGCCUAUCACUUGUGACAGUCUUCAGAAGGAAUCAGUUUAUGAAAUAAAAGUUUUUUUUCCUCGUGGGGUUUUAAAAGUUUCAGACUGCAAAGGAAAUUCUUUAAAAAUAAUUGUAAAUUUCAAAACUGAUUUACUUAGAAAUGUUUGUUUAAGCCUGAGUUUGGGCCAGAUAUUAUCCUGAGCGCUGGAAAUUGUAUAGAAGAAAGAAACAGACCUUAAAGAAGUCAUGAAUUGAGUGGGUGGAGAAGAGGAGGUUAAAGGGAGUAAGCAAAUCAUAAUGUGUUGGGGUUUUCACAGAUAAAUAGUUAAGCUGUGAUGCUGUGUUGCAGAAUACAAAUGGAGAGAUUUGCAUGGGAUGCAGAAAUAUGGAAGACUAACCAAGCAAACCAGGAGAGACCAGCAAUAGUGUCCCAGAGACCAUGAUGUCUGAGCCCAGUUUUGGAAGAAUAGUAGGUAUUCUUCAUGAAGUGAGAUCCUGAAUAGAGGGAGCCACAUAUGCAAAGGUGUAGGGUGGGUGGGUGACAGCAUAUUACAUUUGUAGAGAAUCUAUAGGAAGUAAUGAAAAAGAUAAGCUUGAGAAGAAGGCAGUGGCUAGGUAACAAAAGGUCUUACUUGCCAAACUAAGGAAUUUGAAUUUUAUUCUGAAAUUUAGGGUACUAAGUAACGAUUUUAAAUGAUGGAAACCGUAUUGCACGAAUGUGUAGAGGAUGAAUUUAGGAGAUUGAAGACUGCUGAACAGACUGAAGCCUAGAAUUCAGCCUCCAGUGAUGGGUGAAGGAGGCUCUAAGCUCAAGCAAGGAUAGUGAAGAAUAUGUUGCACAUGCUAAUGUAGUAAGAAUAGAUAAGGCAUAGUUUUUGCUAUCAAAUAAUUGGGGAAGGUGAUUUACACACAGGGUAGAUUAACUGCUGGAUUUCUGCCUUAGUUACCUGGAUGGAUGGUGGUGUGAUAUGCCUUGUAGGCAAUAUAGGGGUAAACAGUUUGAUUUUAUACAUGUUAAAUGAGUCAUCCAAACCCAAAAGGUCAAUUUGAGCUGGAUGGCUUGAGUUAGGAGUAAUUAACAUAUAGUUAGUGAAAAGCUUGGCACAUGUAAAUUGGCCAUGAGAAUGUAUAGAUUAGAAUGAGAAAGGGAUCAUGGAUACAACCCAGGAAAACAUCAAAUACAAGAAGUAGAUGAAGGAAUUGUGCAAAGAUGAAAAGGAAUGGCCCUUUAUGUAGGAGAAAAGGCAGAAGAGUGAUGUCACUGAACCCAAGGGAUAAAUGAAUCUCAGAUGGGCAGUAGUGUCAGGUGCUGUAAAUGAAGUAAUAAGGAGAGUAAAUUGGUAAAUGAGAUAAUUGUAGACUUUGGCAAGAGAAAUUUCACUGAAGGAGGGUGAACAAGUAGGCUGUUGAAGACUAUUUCAAAUAUAAUUGAAGGUGAGAAUGACUUACGGACCGUUUCUAGUUUAAUAAUGUAUGCACAUGUUGAGGGUAGAUUAAAGAAGACAUUGCUGGGAGGAACAACUUUCCUGAAAUAAAUUCGAGUCAUAGCAUAGGUGGAAGAAUUAACCUUAACUUCAGGGAGGGAAAAGCCCACAUAAAGAAGGGAAUACAGAUAAGUGAUUUGGAGGUGAAGGAAUUUUCUGCCUGCUGACUCAUUUUCUCUAAGGAGAAAGACUUCAUUUUUUAAGAGUCUCAAUUUGGAUAUUUGAGUGCUUAAUGAUAUUAAAUUAAUGAGUUUCAAUCCUUGUCCUGGAGGUUUUUUGGGAAGUCAAGGCUCUUGAGUUUUAUUUCCUACCCUUGUUUCAAUAAGAAAGCUCCAUGUUUGUCAGUUUCAUGUAUUUGAUAGUUGUUAUUUUUAAUUAUAAGGAAAAAAUUUGCUGGUGAAUUAAAGUUUGAAAACUACUCAGGGAGGGAGAGAAAAUGCUUUUUAAAAAGUGGUAAAUCUGAGGAGACUGGAAAGAAAUGUCAGAGUUCAACAGGCAUGUGGAGGUAGAUGGAAAGGCAUUCCAAAUUGGGGAAAAGCUUGUGCAAGGCAAGGAGGCAUGACGUGUUCAUGGUAUUAUUGCAAAUUGUAUUUUAAAACUUCAUUCCUGUUUGUUCCUAGUAUAUAGAAGUAUAAUUGGUUUUUGUAUAUUGACCUUGUAUCCAGCAACCUAGCUAAAUUCACUUAUUUCUAAUAGCUUGCUUGUAGAUUUUUUUGGAUAUUUUGCACAUAACAAUAAUCUAAAUAAUUUCCAUUCUGUUUCUCUUUUCCAAUCAUAAUACAUUUUAUUUUUUUUUCUUACAUUAUAGCACUAGUACAGGCCAGUACAUUGUUGAAUAGAAAUGAUAAGUAUAUUUCUCUAUUUAAUAUUAUGUUAGCUUUCUUUCCAGGCUGGGCAUGGUGGCUCACACCUGUAAUCCCAGCACUUUGGGAGGCCAAGACAAGAGGAUUGCUUGAGCCCAGGAAGGAGUUCGAGACCAGCCUGAGCAACAACAACAACAAUUAGCCAGGCAUAGUGGUGCACAUCUGUAGUCCCAGGUACUUGGGAGGCUGAGGUAAGAGAAUUGCUUGAGCUCAGGAGGUUGAGGCUGCAGCGAGCUGUGAUCCCACCACUGCACUCCAGCUUGGGGAAAGAGCAAGACUCUGCCUCCCCCACAUGCGCCCCCCACCCCUGCCCUUGCCAAGAAAUUGUUUGUGGAUCCCUGUUAACAGAAUAAGGACAUUCCCUCAUAUUCCUAGUGUGAUGUGAGUUUUUAUCAUAAAAGGGAGUAGUAUUUUGUAAUGUCCAUUUUCUUCAUUGGUUGAAAUGAUCAUUUUGUUUUUCUCUUCAUUCUUUUAAUAGAUAAUUGUUUGAAUUUUGGUGUUACCCAAUGUUUCAUUCCUGAAAUAAAUUCUACUUGGUCAUGAUA